AUGUCCCCACAUCGUUUUCUGCGCCUUCACACUUUGCGGGCAACCACCCAGGAACCGGAUUCUAACAUGGAAACCAGGUCGAUUAGACUUACUCGCUCCUCCGCGAACUCCUCUUCCUCUGUGACGAUCUUCCGAGCCCCAGUUUCUCCAGGACGACUAGGAAAGUCUCUCCGUUUGAUCUUCAAGAUGCCCUCGAGCAAGCUCCGCGAAGCAACAAACGCAUCAAAACGCAAUAUCUUCGCGGAAGACCCCAUCGUGACCGGACCGCGCACGAGCCGUCCGAGAAAGAAGCUGGUGGAGAUUAAUACUAGCGAUGAAGAAGACUUGAGCGACCAAGAAGAGGACGAGGUUGAUGACGACGACGCAGCCGGUGAUGAGGAUGAGGAUGCCGACGCUGAUGGUGAUUUGGACAUGGACGAUGCACCGCCUCAACCGCCAUCUAGGCGACAUGCAAAGGCGGCUGCAACUUCUACGCCAUCUCGAAAACAAGUCAAGAGUGUUGAGGCCAAGGAGUUGGAGCUGGAGAACGAUGAAGACGACGAUGAAGAACUGUCUGAGUUGGAUUCGGAUGCAGAAGGCGAGCCUGAUGACGAUGGAAAUGCAGAGUUGGAUGAGGAAGAUGAGGAGGGCCUUGACAGUGAUGACGCCGGUGCAGACAUCAGCAAAAUGACAAAACGGCAAAGAGGGAAUUUGGGUAACGACUUUCUGCAAUUGCCCAUGGAACCCCAGAUAAAGAAGCAUCUGACGGCCGAAGAGCGCGCCAUGCGUCGUGCAGAGAUGGCACGACGGCGAAAGAACCUCAGCGAGAAGCGCAACGAGGAAGAAAAGAUGGACACGAUCAACAGACUGUUGAGAAAACAACCUCCCAAGAAGCGAGGCCGCGGCGCCGCUGAAGGGGCAGAGGCUACUCCCGGCGAACAAGAGGCGCAAGAGCCCGAGAAACGGAAAGCGGAUCCCAUCAUGGUAAGAUGGGUUAGCAAUCGACAGGGUAGCCAGUUGAGUGUCCCUGAGGAAUGGCUUGGUACUCCUGCAGGGCGUCUACUUGGAGCAAAUACAACGGGGUCUAAGAAACUUGUUGAGGAAGUCUGA